AAACCCAACUCCCCCUUCAACUGCUCUCUCUCUUUCCUCCUAAAAAUCCCCAAAUACCCAUCUCCUCUCUUCCUAAAAUACACCCAAAACCCCUUUUCCUCUCUCUCUCUCUCUCUCUCUUUCCAUCUUCUUCUCCUUGAUUGUAAAGUCCAAAACCCCACCUUAGUUAAUGAUAGAGAUUGAUCGGACCCGAUCCGCCAUGUUCUCGACCCCAUUCGUCCUCUCCUUCGCACUCCUCCUCUCUCUCCCACUCCUCUUCCUCCUGGCCCCACGUAUCCUCCCCCCUCGCAACAUCCCAAUCUCCCUUCCCGACGAGCUAGACGAUCUCGCCCUCUUCCGUCGUGCCGCUCUUGCCUCCCUUUCCCCUCCUCCACCUCCUCCUACCCCCAAAAUAGCCUUCCUCUUUCUCACGAAUUCCGACCUCUCCUUCGCCCCUCUUUGGGAACGCUUCUUCGCCGGCCACGAUCCUCUCUUCAACAUCUACAUCCACGCCGACCCCACAUCCCGCCUCCACCCCCCCUCAUCUGGUGUCUUCCACAACCGUUUCAUUCCCGGCAAACGCACACAACGUGCUUCCCCUACUUUAAUUUCCGCUGCCCGCCGUCUCCUUGCAGCCGCCCUCCUCGACGAUCCUGCCAACACCUACUUCGCUCUCCUUUCCCAGCACUGCAUCCCUCUCCAUUCAUUCCGAUUCGUCUACCACUCCCUCUUCAGCGACUAUCCUCCCGCCAAUUACUCAUCUCCUUCCAACUCCACUCCCUACCGUUACCAUUACCAUUUACGCAGUUUUAUUGAGAUCUUGGCCGAAGAACCCAACCUAUGGGACCGUUACACCGCCCGCGGCAAUGACAUCAUGAUGCCGGAAGUCCCGUUCUCCGACUUCCGAGUCGGUUCUCAAUUCUUCAUAUUGACUCGCCGGCACGCUCUCCUGGUCAUCCAAGAUCGCCGUCUAUGGCGGAAAUUCCGUCUUCCAUGCCACAAGGCCGAGUCUUGCUACCCUGAGGAGCAUUACUUCCCGACGCUGCUGUCCAUGGAGGAUCCGAAGGGCUGCACCCACUACACACUCACACGAGUGAACUGGACCGGGAGCACCGGCGGGCAUCCACACACGUAUGGGCCCGCCGAGGUGUCGGGGGAGCUUGUGGAGCGGCUUCGGAAAUCCAAUUCUACUUACUCAUACCUGUUUGCGAGGAAAUUCGCCGCUGCCUGCUUGAAGCCGUUGAUGAAGAUCGCUGACAGCGUCAUUUUCCGGGAUUGAGAAGGAAAUGUAGCAGCUUCCGGGACACCGAUUUAUCAGGCAUGAAAGAGAAGGAAUCCGAGGCAGAGCCGACAAAGGAAAGGAUCUCUCUCUAUCUCUUUCUCACCCAGCGCUUGGGAGUGAAGGAAAGAGAAGGGAAGGUGUAGGGGGUGGUGGACCCACCACUUUUAAGAAAACAAAAGGAAAAAAAAAAAAGGAAAUAGGAAUGGGAAGGGGUAUUAAGGGAAAUAAAAUCUUUCUAUAAAAUGUAUAUUUUUUCUUUUAUUUUCUUCUGGGGUUUUUCUUUUCCUACUCCCAACCCGUGGUCCCCUUACUACUAUUACUACUACUCGUUCAUUGAAUUAGGAAAAUUUCUUUUCUUGUCUUUUUUCCUCCCAUGCCCUUGUAUAUACUCUCUCUCUCUCUCUCUCUC